GGGGUGGUGCGCGCGCGCGUGUGCCGGUGCAGGAGGAGAAGGCACCAGCAGUGGUGACGGGAGCGGGAGGGGGGGAGCGUUGCCGAGACGGACACGGACUUCUCGCGAGGCUUUGGCCAGAGGGGAGAGUGUCGGAUUCCAGAGAGCGAGCGCGAGCGAGGGAGAGAGAGUGGGGCUGCUGGGGUGAGUUUGUAAACAUUCCGUUACUGGUGUCCACACGACCCCCCCCCCCCCGCCGCCACCCCAGGCUGAGACCGGGAGAAACGGGCGCCGUGAGCGUCGCUGGUUACACUGCAGUCUGCUUGCAAGAAUGGGGGACGACCGGCCUUUCGUGUGCAAUGCCCCUGGUUGUGGGCAGAGGUUUACAAACGAAGACCACCUGGCUGUCCACAAACACAAGCACGAGAUGACCCUGAAGUUCGGUCCUGCCAGAACAGAUUCUGUCAUCAUUGCAGACCAGACCCCCACUCCCACGCGUUUCCUGAAGAACUGCGAGGAGGUGGGGCUCUUCAACGAGCUGGCCAGCUCCUUCGAGCAGGAGUUCCGCAAGGUCGUGGAGGACGAGGAGGACAAGCGUGGCAAGCCCCUGCUGGCCAGCUCCCAGCCUGGUGCCCUGGACAUGACUUUGACGCCCCCUUCAGAGGUUAAAGUCAAAGAGGAGGAGCCUGUGGAGGUUGACUCCUCUCCUCCGAGCAGUCCUGACAGUAUGUCCUCCAGCAUGUCUGACUACAAGGAGCCGCAGGAGAAUCCCCCCAAGCCGGCAGUCAGUUCUGCCCCCACCCCCACCAUCGUGCGUCCAGGCUCGCUGCCCCUGCACCUGGGCUACGAGGCCCUGCAGCCCACCCUGCCUUCGCCCACCUCUGUCAUCACACAGGCGCCCCCCUCCAAUCGGCAGCUCGGGUCUCCCACGGGCCCCUACCCAGUACUGAUGCACCUACCCAAUGGUCAGGCAGUGCCAGUCCUUCCUGGGCCCCCUGUGCAGAUGCCCUCGGUCAUUUCUCUGGCCAGGCCGGUGUCUAUGGUGCCCAACAUUCCUGGGAUCCCCGGCCCUCCCCUGGGUAGUAGCAGUGGCUCAUCCUCACCCUCCGGCCACAUCCAGCACUCCGAGGCCAAGAUGAGGCUGAAGGCAGCGCUGUCCCAGCAAGCCCCCAUGGCCCCGAACGGAGGGGGCAUGGCCAUGGGUUCCAGCCCCAUGGUUCCCCAGAGACAGGAGCAGAGCCAGCUUUUAGUGCAGCACCCUGAUGCGCCAUCUCCUGCACAGCCUCAGGUGUCCCCCGCCCAGCCCACAGGUGGGCGCCGGCGGCGGGCAGCGGACGACGACCCCGACGAGAGGAGGCAGCGCUUCCUGGAGAGAAACCGGGCUGCUGCUUCCCGCUGCCGCCAGAAACGCAAAUUGUGGGUCAACUCCUUGGAGAAGAAGGCGGAGGAGCUGACCUCCAUGAACGUCUCUCUGUCUAAUGAGGUGUCGUUGUUGCGGAAUGAAGUGGCCCAUCUAAAGCAACUGCUCUUGGCUCACAAGGACUGCCCUGUCACCACCCUACAAAAGAAGAAUGCUUACUUAGUGGGAGAGGAGAGCCCUAAGGACCCCUCGGAGCCUACAGGCUCCCCUGCCCCGGUCAUCCAGCACAGCUCUCUGUCCUCCAGCCCAGCUGCUCAACCCAAUGGGCUGAGUGCACGCGCCGCGGCCGAGGCGGUGGCCAUGUCUGUGCUGGCGGGCAUGGGCAGCCAGCGGGCCGAGCCUAACCCCGCCCACGUCAUCAUGGCCCCACAGUCGCAGCCUGCUGCCAGAUGAUGACCGCAGCCCUGCUGAUAACAUCAGAGCCUAGAACUAACCAAUGGCCAGAGACCUGAGGAGGGCUAGAGGGUAGAGGAAGUGCCCAGAUGAUUUUUUUUUCCUCACUAUCCCUCCUCUGCUCUCCACCUUACACCCCAGUGCUGUAACAUCCUAUCCCAUCCCUGGCCUGGAGCACAGCGGCAACUGGGAAUGAACUGGGACAACUGUGGAGAUUCCUGUUAGUGUUGCCAUAAACAUCUGGGACUGGACUCUUUAUCCCUCCUACUGAUCCCCGACCUCUGACCCCUCCUCACCUGUUCUUACUAGACCGUACAGCUGUAUCACUCCCCCUGCGCAGCAUGUACCGAACAUCGUACUGUUAUACAUGGAUUCGCAGGCGCACAUACACAAGUUUUUUGUCUGAUUUGCUGCGGAUCUUCCCUUUCUUGUCUCCCGUGAUGCCGGUACCAUCGCAAACCUUCACAGACUGUUCAUGUCCCAGGCAUUGUGUACGUAACUCCGAAAUGCAGAUUGCCCUUCAGCAUCUGGCACCUCUUACAGCACACAGCAUCCCUGUUUUUUAUUGCAGGAGUCCUUCCAAAAUGAGGUGCUAUGUUUUGUUGUUUAGUGUUUGUUUCUCUUUAUUUACUAUGCAGGACGUUGCCAUUAACAGCCACCACCGCUGCCACCUCUUUUGUCUUCAGUUACAGCUGUUCUAGCCAAGCUCCUCGUAAGCUGCAGACUGGGCAGUCCUCCUGUUCUGAAGGGUUGGGUUGACAAUCGGAUUUGUUCUGUGCAAGGAAGGAUUGAAGACCAGAAGAAAUGAAUACAAAAAAAUACAUCAGAGAUGGGGAUCUUAAGCACUGGGCAGCUCCCUGCAUGCACACGCUGGAGCCGAGUGUAACGUGCUCUCGUUGUCGUUGGCACACACCUCACUGCCUCCUCUCCAUUAAGAAACCCCAGCCUGGGGCGUGCAGGGGGGAGGAGGAGAAGGCAGACUCGCAGAUCCUUGGGUCCUCCUGUGUCUUGGAAGUCAUUGUGGUGAACCAUGACCUGACUUUUAAGAAAAGCGUUUUUCUUAACUGAUCCAAACGGUUUAAUUUACUUCCUUUUUUACCCUGUUAACCGUUUUUAACCCUGUUUAAUCCUGGCUCCCUGAGAGAGACGACAAUCUCCUGUUUUUGAUUCUUACCCUGAUCCCUUACCAGUGGUUUCACAUACCACUAAUCUUGAACAAAGUAAUAUUAUUCCGCGUAAACUAAUUUAGGAGUAUAGCUAAUCUUGGUCCGUUGAACCAGCCCUUAACUUAAUAUUGCCGUAGUCUAAUUGUGUACGGUUACUGGGUUCUCUCUGGCCUCUUUGAGGGUUUGAAGUUCUUUGCUAUGGCUGCACAGGGCCAGGAGUAGUGACCUGCAGUGGCUGUGGACAGACGCGGGAGAUUUGUGCUGGUGCCGGGGGAGGAACAGCUGUGUCACAGUGCACAUGUGUAUGCAUCUUGAGAUGAACGGUUACAGCCAGUCAGCACAAGUGCCCAGGGAUUUUGUUUUCUUUUGUGAUCAAUGCGCUGCCUCCCUGUGGUCAUUUUUUUUGUUUGUUUUCUACCUGAUGACAUGCGUGAAUGUACAGUUUGGUUCUUUGUUGUUCUUACUUUUUUAAUUUAGAAUUACCCAUUAUCUUUUUGUUCCACGUGCUGAAUCUGGAAUAGCCAGUUGAGUGUGUUUCGGGACCUUGACCUCUGUGACUGCACACAGGGUAGUGCAUGCAGACUCCUCCCACCCGCUCACGUUCCAGCUACUUGUCCUUAUCACAUUGCAGACAGCACAGUACCGUACCUUGGGCUCAGUACAGACUGGAGGGGAGGCAUGUCCCUCACCCACAACACAGUACCGUACCUUGGGCUCAGUACAGACUGGAGGGGAGGCACGUCCCUCACCCACAGCACAGUACCGUACCUUGGGCUCAGUACAGACUGGAGGG